AUGCUUCAGCAUCUUUUUUUCCUAUUAGCACCAUGCGCUCGAAUUUUUGCCGGACCAACCAAUUAUGUCACUGCCGCUAACUCAAUACCGGUGUCUGUGAGGGAAGCCGAUCUGUAUAGUGUGAACGGCCUCGAUGUUGUUGUCGCAAAUAGUGGUACAGACAACGUUGGUGUUUUACUGAAUAAUGGUGAUGGUACAUUUGCUCCUCAACAAACCUUUUCAACUGGCGCUGGCUCAAAACCCAUGUCUGUGUUUGUAACCGAUGUGAAUGCUGCCGGGAAUCCCGAUAUUGUUGUCGCAAAUAGUGGUACAGACAACGUUGGUGUUUUACUGAGUAAUGGUGCUGGCACAUUUGGUGCUCAAACACUCUAUCCAACUGGCGCUGGCUCAAAACCCAUGUCUGUGUUUGUAACCAAUGUGAAUAACGGGAACGACCCCGAUAUUGUUGUCGCGAAUAGUGGUACAGACAACGUUGGUGUUUUACUGAGUAAUGGUGCUGGCACAUUUGCUGCUCAAGUAAUCUAUCCAACUGGUGCUGGCUCAAAACCCAUGUCUGUGUAUGUAGUCGAUGUGGGUGGUAACCCAGACCCCGAUAUUGUUGUCGCAAAUAGUGGUACAGACAACGUUGGUGUUUUACUGAAUAAUGGUGCUGGCGGAUUUGGUGCUCAAACACUCUAUCCAACUGGCGCUGGCUCAAAACCAGUGUCUGUGUAUGUAACCAAUGUGGGUGGUACCCCCGACCGCGAUAUUGUUGUCGCAAAUAGUGGUACAGACAACGUUGGUGUUUUACUGAAUAAUGCUGCUGGCGUAUUUGCUGCUCAAUAA